AUGUUUGCAAACUCGACGUUAAGCAUCCGAGAUUGCGAGUUAAGACCGAAAGGGCUCAAAAGUCAAAGGGCUCAAAUUUUGGAAAUGACUGGUUCAAAGGAAUCCCGGAACGCUUCAUAUGGUAAAUGGAGAUCCUUCUUUUUCCUUUUUGAUCAGGACUACUCUUCGUUUUGUCUCUUCCCACAAAUUCUUUUGGAACAGAAGAUUAUCAUGACUUUCGAUUUUCUCAUCGAGCAAAACAACAGAACCCUCGCUUUCCUGAAAGCUCAAGAUUUCAUCGGUGCUAUCGAUUCAUCAUCACUUGCACUGAAAUAUCACAAGGCUAGACAGGCUGCUUUGCAUGAUCAAAGUCCACUCCACCACAGCUGCAGUGGAAGCGACUGCUUGGACCAGUGCAUGUUUCUUUCCAAGAUCAAUGGAAGUGCGCCACAUAGCGACCACGCUGAUCACAUACCUUUCGUCUACGACCGCGGCAUUGUCGUUCCUCGAUCGAUGCAUGACCCAUCAGUAGUCACCUCAAUACUCAUCUUCAACACGGCUCUAGCACACCACCUUGCAGCCGAAGCUGCCUAUGGCACGACCUCGCCCGAACUAUGGCACAAAGCACGAAGGUUUUAUGAGUUGGCAUACCAAUCACAUGAUAUGGACUACAACGUACUGUUUCAGAUCGUCUUGAUCAACAACCUUGCCAUGAUUGAGCAAAAGAUGGGAAACAUGUCGAAAUCAAUUUCGUGCUUGGAGUAUUUGACGGCUGUAUUGAUGAUUCUUGUUGAUCGCGGAUGCAGUUUGCACCUUCAUCAUGCACAAGGCUGCCUUGCGAACAUCCCAUCACUGGCUUCGAAAACUGCAUCAGCGGCCUAA